CUUUCAAUGGCGAAUGUUGCAUGUGAUAGUCUUUCGGUCGAUAACCAAUGUCACGUCAGCCCAGAAGUCCACUUUUCUGAAUCAGCAAACUUGGUGACUUGGUAAGCAUAACACGGAACAAAGCACAACUGUCUACUCUACUUUGACAAAUAAAUCCAAAUAUCCAUCUCGCAACAUGCCGGCGCAACUAUAUUAAUGGCAGUAGUUCACUUCUAGUAAAGUCUCGGUCUGUCGCCCAAUCCUAUGUCCCUUGCCCAGCCCUCCACCGCCUCCCUGCACUCGCAGCAGGCGCGCUGCAUCAAAUGUAGCGUCGCGUUGGAAGUGGUCAAUGACCUCCAAACGGGUACUUCAUCCAUACCCAACGCGGAGCUUUCCGUCAUCAAGGAGGAUGAUUUCGACGUUGUCUUAUCCUACACGCAGGGCCAGCAGCAGGCACUGCAACAGGGUCAACAUCAGCAGCUGCACAGCAAUUUGUCCUCAACCCCCUCGUCGUCCCAAGAUAGUGCAGGAGCGGGUGGGUCCUUACAAGAUGGAGGAGAUAGUGAGCAAAGGCGGAAGCAGAACGCGCGGAACGACAAGGACAAGAUUGUUGCAAAGGUGGAAAGGAUACUGCUGUUAGCAACGGGGAAGCAAACACUCAUCUCUACGACGAACGAGCAAGGUGGAGCAACGGGCUCCCUAUCCGCUCUCGGUAGCGCCGCGAACAGUGGUGGCAACUCAACCUCCUCGUCCUCCGGAGCGGCAGCUGGUGGCCAGCAAGCAUCCAACUCCGCGCUGGGGGUUUGCGAUUUGUGCGUUUCCAAGGUGAUCAAUGAAGCGAAGAGGCAGGUCCAGGAGGUGAAAGAGAACCGGCGGAAAUUGGAAGUGGCGCUGAAGAAGUUAGAAGACCAGGAAUCCACUUCGCAGGAGCACAAUUUAUUUUCGACCCAAACAAGCACAGCGAACUCCAACUCUUCUUCCAGCAGCACAAAAGCAGCGAAUUUGACAAAAUCGCUGCAGAGCGAGGAAGCGAACCUGAAACAACAGCUCCAAUCGUUACAAGCGGAAGAGAGGCAGUUGUUGCAAGAGUCGAAGCAGCUGGAUGGGGAAAUAGCGAAGCUGCAACAAGAGGAGUUGGAGUUGUACCGGGAUAAACUAUCAAUUGCAAAUAUGUCUGGCUCUGGAAGACUGCAACUUCGUCAUGCUUGUCUGGCAUGACUCAUAAAUCUGUAAUGCAUGAGCAGGAUAAUGGCCUCUUGCCUGUCAUGCAAAAACGCAAUUUGCCAUGCGGAAAACGAAACUGUAGUUGAAAAAUUUGUCAUGCUUGGCUGCGUAUUGCAGUCCGCCCACCAGUCACAUUUUAGCAUCACAAGUUUCCAGACCCAGACAUUUUUGCAUUUGAUAUAAACUGUCAAAUUACCAAAUCGAGUUGUUUGAUUUCGACGACAACCGGAAGAAGCUGGAAGCGAUCGAGCUUUACACGAAAUUAGAGCUGACCCGGUUGAAGCAGAGCUUAUGGAUUGCAAAAAUGUCUGGGUCUGGAAGAUUAGAACUUGUCAUGCUCAAUCUGAAUGAUGCAAAAAUCUGUGUUGCGUGAGUGCCAAAAGCUGUCCGCUUUCGACCAAGUUGAGAGGGAGAUUAUCAUGCAGGAAAGGCAUGAUAGAGACCCCAAAGAAUCUGUCAUGCUGGGUCUCGCAUUCCAGACCUCAUGGGUCAUGGAAAACCUGCAUCACAAAUCUUGCAUUCUUCCAGACCCAGACAUUUUUACAUUUGAUAGAGCUCAGUACUGAACGACGCGUUUCACAUUACCUGCGGCUUCUCCGCUAUCCCACGAAAAAACUGUUUCACUGUGAUGAUUUUGCAAGAUCUGCAUCACAAGUUUGCUACACAUGACAGUGAAAACCUGUCAUGCGCGCUUCCCAAGGGAAAACACGCUUGAAAAUCCAAUGCCUUGCAGGUGUAGCAAGACAAAUAGUUCUGCGCUCCAUGUUCUGCAUCACAAGUUCACAGUGAAACAGUUUUUUCUUGCGAUAUCCGCGGCAGACGACGGGUAUUCUUCAAGUGCUGGGCGGGGCGGCUAUCUUCAUCCGGAAGGAGCGAGUAAUUAUUCCAGUGCGAACACAACUUCCGACAUGCUGUCGAUACAGCAAUCGGCGCAGCAGUUCGGAAAAAUCAAUGGUUUCAGGUUGGGCCGAUUACCAGAAGUGGACGUCAGUUGGGACGAGAUAAAUUCCGCAUGGGGAUUUGUUUGCCUUUUGCUCGACACGUUAGUGCGGAAGUUGCGAAUACCCGAAGGGGAGCUGAGCUACCGCUUGCAGCCGUGCGGAAACACGAGCUCGGUUGUGGAGUAUAAUCUAAAGAUGAUAUAAUUCACCAUAUUUGAUGUUGCAGAAGCUCCUCUUCCCUCAACUUGCAUUUUUUUCAUCUUCAGGAAGUUAAUUUUUUUCAAAAGAAGCAUGACAUCGAAAUCUUACUCUUUUACCUCAAAAUGAUCCAGCUGCGCGAGUGGUCAGACGCUCGAACUCUACGGCUCGGAGGGUUCAUUUACACGUUUCUACUCAGCGCGUCGCUUUGACCAGGCCAUGGUUGGUUUUCUCAUCACAACCAAAGAAGUGGCCGAGUGGCUGCACGCGCGGGACAAAAACGUCAGAUUACCAUUCAAAAUCGAGCCCGACGGGAGCAAGAUAGGGGGCUUCAAAAUCAGUCUGCAGUUCAACGAGCUCGAAAGAUGGACGAAAGCGCUGAAGUUUCUGCUAAUCAACCUGAAGUGGACCAUCGCUUUUCUGGAGUCCAGCGGCCACAGAGAACUUGACGAGGCAGAGCUCACCGAACCAAACCAGUAGCGGUUUGGAGGUGGUGGAUAUUGAAGAACUCAACCGCUGGUAUAAAACAACGACGAACAUCUUCGACAAAAGCGACACACAGGAUAAAAUGCCACUAUCCAGUGAAGAAAGCAUUAGAAAUCGAUUUGAAUGUCGAUCAGCAGAUGAGGUGUUGAUGUGACACACGCACACAUAACAGAAAAUUACAUUGGUAAAUAGUGGGCGUCGUCAGGA